AUGGACUAUCCCAUACCGUAUUCUGCACUGGCAGUAACGAUACUCGGGUAUCUGGGCCUGCGCAUCGUCUACCGUCUGUAUUUCGACCCUCUGUCCAGGUUCCCGGGACCAAAACUGGCGGCGGCGACCUUUCUCUAUGAGUUCUACUAUGACAUCGUCAAGAGCGGCAUGUACCUCUGGGAAAUAGAACGCAUGCACCAGAAAUAUGGACCCAUUGUGCGAAUCAAUCCCAGAGAACUGCACAUCAAGGACCCGUACUACUACGACGAGAUCCACGCAGGUGGCUCUCGCAAACGAGCCAAAGACCCCCAGUACGCAGUGGCCUUUGGAGCGCCGUACUCGCUAGUCGCAACAAUCGACCACGACCACCACCGCCAGCGACGCAAUUUCCUGAACAACUACUUCUCCAAGCGGUCUGUCGCCAGUUUGACCCCACUAAUUCAUGAGAAAGUCGACCAGCUCAUUCGUCGCUUCGAAGACGCCUUCCGCAAGCGCACCGUGCUGCACUUGCAACUGGACUUUGCCGCCCUCACCGCGGACGUGAUCACACAGUACUCGUUCGGAUGGAGCCACGGCUAUCUAGACGACACCAACAGCUUGCGUAGCAAUGACCUCGUCGACGCCGUCAAUGGCGUGAUGACCAUGUUCCACAUCAACCGCUUCUUCCCGUUCCUCAUCACCAUCUUCCGCGCCGCGCCCCCGGCCGUGCUGCGCUGGCUUCAGCCCUGUAUGGCGGAUUUGUUUGACGUCAAGGCCCGUCUUCGCCAGCAGGCGGAGGAUACUAUGCGAAAGAGAUUGUUGGAGAAAGUUGAGACCGCUGAUUGGUCUUCGACUAUCUUCGAUGCUCUGACUAGCUCCGACGUGCCGUCUCAAGAAAAGACCCUCGACCGUUUGGAAGACGAGUCGGCUCUUCUUGUCGGCGCGGGCACUGAGACCACUGCGCGGGCUGUGGCUGUUGCCAUGUUUUAUCUGAUCAGCAACAAGGAUAUGGCGCGGAGGCUGCGCGAUGAGUUGAAGACUGUGUUGAAGACUCCUAAUUCAAAGGCUUCGUGGACGGAUCUUGAGCAGCUGCCGUACCUGGUGGGCGUCGUCAAUGAGGGUCUCCGUCUGAGCCACGGCAUGACCGCACGUCUGGCUCGCAUUUCCCCGAACGAGCCUCUGCUCUACAAAGAUUGGGUUAUUCCCGCUGGGACCGCAGUCAGCCAAUCCAACUACUUCGUUCACAUGGACCCGGACCUCUUUCCCGACCCCGGGAAAUUCAGCCCGGAGCGGUGGGUUCGCGCGGGAGAAAGAGGUGAAUACCUGAGCCGGUUCAUUGUGUCGUUUACCAAGGGCAAGAGACAGUGUCUGGGAAUCAAUCUGGCCUACGCGGAAAUCUACCUGGCCCUGGCCCACAUCGUGCGCCGCUUCGACUUCGCGCUGUAUGAGACCACGGUAGACAAUAUCAGUGUCUACCGCAAUUUGGGCGUUGGGUACCCCAAGAAUGGCAACUUUAAUGUUCGAGCGACUGUGGAGGCCAUUUUGGAUGAGUGA